UCAAAUGACUGACUGGAGGAGAGAGCUAGCAUAGCAAACAUAUGUUGGUGUUCAAAUACAACAUAACACAAUAGAGUCAAUCAGAAAAAAUAAACAAGGACUACUCCAAAAAGGAUAAGAUGUCUAACACUGCCACUGCAGCCUCCAGGAGAGGAGUCUUUCAAGCUCAUGGUGAUGGUGAAGAAGAGUCUAAACAACCCAGUCAUAGCUACAUGCUGAGUGACUUUGACUCAGACCCCAGCACCGACCCUGGAUCUGAGACUGACCCUGACAGUGAAGAAGCAGAGAGUGAACCAGAGUUAGAAACAGAACCAGACACACAUACAGAGAGUGCCACAAUUGGCCCAGAACUCACUGAAUUGAGAGAUAUAGGUAAAGGCCCACAGACCAAUGUGUAUGAAGAAGAGUCGUACAUAAGUACUACACACACCCAGCCAAAAACCGAAGGAGAUCUCCACAUUCACUCUGUGUUGGAGUGUGGGAGUGAGGUGAUGACGUGCCAGUUCAACAAUGAAGGGACUCUGUUGGCUGUUGGUCUGAGUGACGGAACCAUCAAGCUCUACAGUAUGGACAAUAAGAAUUUUCUACAGACACUAAGGGACAGCAGCAGCAUUCUGUCCUCUCUACCAGUCACUGCACUACGAUUCACUCUGAGCUCCCAGUCACGUUGUCUCCUGCUGGCUACCUAUGCCAGCGGCAUUGUGAGGAGCUGGUAUGUGUGGGGAGGAGAGUGUUUGUGGGGGGUGAGAGAGGUGGGGGAGACCGGAGGUGGAGAGGGAGGAGGUGGACAGAGACAGACCCUCUCUCUCUCCGUCUCUCCCUCUGGAGAGAAAGCAGCCACAGGGGGGUCUGACUCAGCCAUUCAUCUGUAUGACCUCUCCACUCACCAGAGACUGAUGACCUGCAGGGCCAGCUCCACAAGAACAGUUAUGGAUGGACAUCGUUUUCGGGUUUUCGCAGUGACUUUUCACCCAGAAAUGGAGAGAGAAUUCAUAUCUGGGGGUUGGGACAACACCAUACAGUUUUGGGACACCAGACAGCAGCACUCUGUCAGGAUGCUUUCGGGUCCUCACGUGUGUGGCGACACGCUUCAAAUCGACCCAGCUGUCAAUCACAUCCUGUCUGGCUCCUGGAGGAAGGACAAUGCACUGGAGAUCUGGGAUUAUGUCUCAGGUCAGAAAGUGACUGAAGUGCCUCAUGACUACCAAGGAGAGAGCAAAAUCUACACAUGCCAUUGGCUUGGCCAGGAUCACAUCGUAGCAGCUGGGAGCCAAUCAAAUAUGCUGAGAGUCAUCAACCGGUGGACUAUGACGACUGAGUCCAGGUUGCUGGGCCUGUCCUCGGCCGUGUUUGGCUCGUCCGUGUGUCCGGCGGGGAAGUGGAAGGGCCUGAUCGCAGCCACGUCUGGGACCAGAGUGUAUCUGCUGGAGCGAGAUGGUCAGAAACAUUCCAAAAAGUAGGGCCUCUAAGGAGAAGCAAUGUAACAUUCAACGGCACUAUUCGGUUGUCGGUCGCUGUGUGUUUAACUAAUGCGGAACCUUAAAUGAAUAAUUCUAAAACUACGUUUCUUUGGUGCACACUGAUUACUUAACUCAAUAAAUGUUUGACUCUGCCAAAGUGCCUGAGGCCUGUUGCUCCAGCCAUUGGCUCACAAGACCAGACGACUUUAGGACUUAAGUCCAAAGUUAACUAACUUUAGGGAGCAUUUGCAAACUAGCAGGCUUCAACGUUUCAUAAGAGGGUAAACAGUGCACGCUCUCUUUUUCACCAAACUUGUGUUGGCAAGCUUCCAAGGGAUCUGUAAAACUUGUGUGAGAACAGGAGAUUAGACAAAGAACAAUGGAAUUUCAAAGCAGCCAUAAUAUAAAAAGUGAAUACUUAUCUAAUUAAACUAAUCUAAGUCAA